AUGCUGCUCCGGACUGUCUUCUCCUUAUGCUAUGCGAGUAUCGUACAGGCUCGCUCACACCUCGGACGCACUGCUAAGGUAAUCGAUGCGAGGCAGAUCAGCAAUGAGACGACCUAUGAUUUUGUCAUUGCAGGCGGUGGCAUUGCAGGGCUUACGGUUGCAGACCGUUUGACGGAGAACCCAAAUGUUACUGUACUGGUUAUCGAGUAUGGCCCUUUCGACCAGAAAGAAGACGGCGUCAUGAUCCCUGGCGCGUACUUCCCAGUACCGUAUCUCUGGCUGCCAUUGAUGAGUACACCACAAACUGCGCUUGGAAGCACGUCGUAUGGUGUGCCAUGUGGCAGAGUGGUGGGUGGCGGGUCUGUUGUCAAUGCGAUGUUCUUCCAUCGAUCGGAUGCUGAGCUUUACAACGCUUGGGAGGAACUGGGGGCGACUGGCUGGGGUUGGACUGAUCUACUUCCAUACUUCAAGAAGAGCGAGACCUUCACGGCUCCGAAUGCAGAAUAUGCGGCGAGCCAUAACAUUACAUGGGAUAUUGCCAUACAUGGCAUUGACGGCCCGGUUCAAGCCAGCCAUGCUCCGUAUGACUACCCAGGCAGUGCCAACAAGUUCAACGGAGCACUAAGUCUAGGUAUCCAGCCGUCUUUAGAUCCUAACAAUGGUCGCGCUCAAGGAAUAUUCCGCCUUCUUCGUUCUAUCGAUCCCGAAUCACAAACGCGUUCCUCAGCUCGCGUCAAUCGCUAUGACAGGGAUGCUGCAAGACCGAACUACCACAUUCUUCCGAAUACAGCAGUAUCGCGUGUCCUAUUCGAGAAUCUCACCGCUGUAGGUGUCGAGUAUAUUGGCACUUCCGAUGCAGCAAAACGUACUGUCCAAGCAAGCAAAGAAGUCAUCAUAGCUGCUGGAAGCGUACAUACGCCACAGAUCCUGCAACUUUCUGGGAUUGGUGACCCAGUUCAUGUAAAAAGUUUCGGUAUUGAGCCGAUCUCUGAACUCCCUGGCGUCGGUCGAAACCUGCAGGACCAUCUAGUCCUGAAAGUGAACUACAACUAUACGUCUAACCACUUUCCAAAUGGUGGGUCCUUGCAGUCUAAUGCUACGUAUGCCAUGGAGCAACGCACUCUCUACGAUGCGAGGAAGCCGAGUGCAUACGACCUCACUGGCACAACUGGCAAUCUCAUCAUCCAGCUGCCUCUUUCGAACUGGACGAAUGCCUCCGCAUCCAUCAUUGCUGAAGCUGCCUUCAUCUACCCCGAUGCUGUACUCGGCAAAGCCGUCGAUAGUUCAGUACUCACUGGCUACGAAAAGCAGCGUGAAAUUGUGAUCAGGGACAUCAACAUAGAGGCUGUGGGUGGGUUGUCGUGGAACACUGGACCGGAGACGAGCAUCUACAUGACGCGUCCUUUUAGCCGUGGUUCUGUCAAGAUAAACUCUACCAACGUCUUCGACGCCCCACUCAUCGACUAUGGCGCAAUCACCGACCCGACCGAUCUUGAUAUGUUAUACGCCAUCUACAUGAAGAAUCGGGAACUUAUGGCUACCUCCGAUCUUGCUAUCCUUGGCCCUAUCGAGACAGCCCCCGCGCCAGGCGUUGACAAUGAGGAGGACAUUAAAGAAAAGAUCAAAGCGGCAUUGCAGCCAAGUAAUGCGCACCAAUGCUGCACUGCCGCUAUGAUGGCAAGGGAAGACGGUGGCGUUGUUGAUUCACAAAACAGAGUCUACGGAACGUUCAGAAUGAGUGUAGUAGACGCGAGCACAUGGCCUCUUGUUGCUGGUGGUGGGCCGCAGGCUACUGUGUACGCUGGAGCGGAAAAGGCUGCAGAUAUGAUCAAAGAGCGGAUUGGUCUCAUGAUUGCCAAGGCCCUCGCGUCCGCUGGCGCUUCUAAAGUAUACAUCCUGGGUCGCCGCAAGGAAAAGCUUGAGGCCGCAGCUGCAAAACACAGCCUCAUUCCAUUGCAGUGUGAUAUCACAUCAAAAGAAUCACUACAAGCCACGGUUAACACUAUCAACAAGAACGUGGGAUACAUCAACCUACUUGUCGCAAACUCCGGUAUCUUAGGACCAACAGCAAGCUUCAUGCCGGGUUUGAGCAUUAAAGAGUUGAGGAAGAACAUGUUCGAAGAUACUUCCAUGGAAGACUUCACACAAACAUUCCAGGUCAACACCACCGCGACUUACUUCAGCAUGCUCGCUUUCCUCGAACUACUGGAUGCAGGGAACAAGAAUGCGCUGACCGGUGGCUUCGGUAAGCCACUUAGAGAAGGCAGCAAAGUACCAAGUAUCCAGUCACAAGUCAUCGUCACAUCCAGCGUAGGCGCUUUCCUCCGCGAAUGGCAGUGCGCACCUGCGUACGCAGGCAGCAAAGCUGCCAUUGCGCAUCUGGUUAAACAUUCUAGUACAGGACUUGCACCACAUGGUAUUCGCGUAAAUGCUUUGGCGCCUGGCUUCUUUCCCUCCGAGAUGGCCAAUGCGAUUAUCGAGAGCAGAGACCCUGGUACUGAGACCAUCGACGACCCGAACUUUAUCCCCGCACGUCGAUUUGGAGGAGAGGAGGAGAUGGGCGGGACUGUGUUGUAUCUUGCGAGUCGGGCGGGUAGCUUCUGUAAUGGGUUGAUACUUGCUAAUGAUGGCGGGAGGUUAGGUGUUACGACGAGUACUUAUUGA